GGGUGGGUGGCGUCGCCCACCCAACAUACCACUCACCCAUCGCCCACCCUAGCUACAGCCACCCACGCUACUCCCGCCCAUACAACACAUCUCCAGAGACUAGUUAUGUGUACAGGUAUAUGCGCAUCCGUGUACACGUACGUGUGUGUACGUACGUGUCCGUGGCGGCACGGUCGGCCGAGGGGCCGAGUUCAGGUCUACCAGCCAGUAUAUGUCUGGCUGUGUGUGCGUGCGGUCCGUAAUGCCCUCCUGGCUGGCUUUCUCAGCCAUCUGGCUGAUUCUCCCCCUGGGAACGACCCAAGGGGAGACCAGUCCCUAUUUCGCCGACUGGGGGGUGAUCGGGGGCCGCCCCCAGGAGCCGACAUGCGUCGACAUACCCCAGAACAUGCCCCUCUGCUCGGGCAUAGACUACGACAAAAUGCGCUUGCCAAACUUACUGGAACACGACACCCUGAAGGAGGCCCAGCAACAGGCAGGGUACUGGGUACCCCUGCUUAACCUCCGCUGCCACCCUAAUACCCAACUCUUCCUCUGCUCCCUCUUUACUCCUGUCUGUCUGGAAAGCCCUAUCUACCCCUGUCGCAGCCUGUGUGAGGCUGUCAGAAGAGGCUGUGAGAGCAGAAUGCAGACCUAUAGCUUCCCAUGGCCAGACAUGCUCAACUGUGACAAGUUCCCCUUGGAUAAUGACAUGUGCAUCACUGUGCAACACAGGGGAUCCCCUGGACCAGAAAUUGUGCAAGAUGGGGAGUGUCCUGCCUGCAGUCCUGUUGAGACGUACGAAAAUAUUUUAGAUAACUAUUGUCGUGCUGAUGUCGUGGUAAAGACUCGCGUUAAGAAACAGCGCAGGACACAGCUGGUGAUCAAAAAGUCAAGAAGGAUCUACAAAAGUUCGCCUUCAGAGGACAGACGAGCCUUGAAGCGCCUCAAGUUCUCCUUGACAGAGGAAGCCAGUUGCUGUUCUCUCACUGUCUCCCGAAAGCCGUACCUCAUCAUGGGUAGACAGCUGGGAGCUGUCUUCAUCCCUACCUUCGUUAUGCCUUUCAAGAAAUCCAAGCCUUUGCGUCAAGCAGUGAAGAUGUUCCGUCGUGGGUUGAACUGUUCAGAUCCUAACCUGAUCACAAACAACCUGGAAACCACCCCACUAACCGAGCACCAGAUGGAGGAGGAGCCAGCUGCCUCCAACAGCAAGAUCCGGCCCAAAAACUGCCAGAAAAGGUGCCGGAGGAAUUGUAGUAAGAGAUGCCAGAGGAACAGAGUUGCAAACUGCCUCAGCAACUGCACCAAAGGCUGCAGGAAGAACUGUAGGGAUGGUCGAAACUCCCGUGGUAGGAACAGGAAGGGGGGUUCGAACCAGGGCCGUCCUGGUACAACCACAAACAGAAGGCCCAGCCAAGGUGACCUUAGCAGCGAAAUGGGCAGCUUCGUCCCCUCCAGUAUCGAAAAGUCUUCAAGUCAGGAAGCUGUUGAGAGCCCACAGACAACAGCGACACUUCCAGUCUAAACAGUAUUUCACAGACUGAAAGAUGCGUUUUAACUUAAACAAAACAAGACGGGGAAGCGCUAAACACGUAAUAAACCUUGUCAAACAUGUAUGGUAGACUAAUAUCAACAACGUGAAGACUUACCCAGAUGUUGUACAUGUGUGUAUCUUUAUUUGUAGACGUUUCGCCCAUCCAGUGGCUUUAUCAAUACAAUACAAGAACAUAAUGGGAAGACCGUAGAACUAUAUACGGGAAAACAAGAUAAUCAAUACCUUAAUUUUGGAGUUGGUGAAGAGGGACUGAUUACCUGGACUUUCAUAUAGAGUUUUACAGUUUUAGUUAUGUCCCUGUAUUGUAUUGAUAAAGCCACUGGAUGGGCGAAACAUCUACAAAUAAAGAUACCCAGGUUUCGGACAUGUGUCUAAGUCCUCACGGUAUCAACCUUGGUAACAAAUACCGUCAAGUUGGUUUAGAAAUAAUCUUGGAUGAACACUGGGAAAUAUCAGAACGUUUCGCUCCUGGGACCUUGGGUAAGGUCCCAGGAGCGAAAUGUUGUCUAAUAUAACCCGGUGUUUGCUCACUUGUUUUUCUAAAAAAUGCUAAACACGUAUGUGCGUCACACAGCACACCAGGGGAAUAGGAGGUAUUAGUCAUGGGGACGCAUUAAACCCAAAGGGGCCACACAGAGCACUGGGAAAUGGGGAGGGUAAAUCAGGUUGGUGAUGGGCAGUGGGACUGUGCUCAAACCUGUGAAUUUUUGCGUCGAUUUUUUUUUCUCUCUUAUCUAUGUCAAAAGACCAGGAAGGUCAAAAUGACCUGCAGGUGACCUGCAGGUGACCUGCAGGUGACCUGCAGGUCAUUGGCUAGGCACAGAACUAUACCAGUGCUAUUAUAUAUAGUUUUAAGGCGAGUGUCAUAGUAAGAGAGCCAAUAGGUAAUGCCUGACAUGUGGAGCACUCACUGAUAGGGGGCUAGUUUCUUACACUGUCUAAAGGGAUUUUAUAAGUCUUUUAAGACGAUUUUCUCCACUCUAAGACAGUGGAUCAAGCCUACACUAUCCCAGACUAUCACAGAAUAUUGCAGACUAUCACAGAAUAUUGCAGACUAUCACAGAAUAUUACAGACUAUCACAGAAUAUUACAGACUAUCACAGAAUAUUACAGACUAUCACAGAAUAUUACAGACUAUCACAGAAUAUUGCAGACUAUCACAGACUAUCACAGAAUAUUAGACUAUCCUAAACAAUCCAAGACUAUCCCCAUGGAGCCACAAACCCGCCAGGGCUCAAUGGAAGGUUGUAAAUCUUUGCUCCCACGAUCCUCGGAUCCAAUUCCUCGAAUCAAGAGCCUUCACGCCAGCAUCAAGAAGGGUUCCAGGGUUUACUUAAACCCUGAAUCUCUUUAUUUUGCAAUAAAACCCCAUUAAAACUGUAGUUAAAACAUUUUGCAUUAAAACUCCCAGGUUUCUUACGUGUAAAUCAUUUACAACUUGUAUUUAAUAGGGGGAAAUUGGGAGGUCAUUAAGGCUGAUCCGAGGAAGGGGAGGAAUGGCCGCUCCAUCUCCUCGGAUCAAGAGCCCCUCGUGUGAGUACAUUAAUAAAAAUGUUGUAAGUGAAA